UCCAUCUAAGUACAUAGUUGUAGACAGAAAAAUUUCUUUCUCGUCAUACAAUUAAGCCAAAGAUCGAUCAAACAACAACAGCACUAAGGGAAUAGUGAUUGACAUCUGGGACAUUAUUGAUCGAUGAAAACUGAGGUAGCCAUAAAUGGAGCUGACCUUGGUGGUUCUCUCCCUGUGGAGAAUGUGCAAGAACUAGCUUCUAAUUGCUCCAAAGAGAUCCCACAUCGAUACAUCCGGCCUGAAAUCAUCCUUGAUGAAAUUUCAACCGAUGAUUCUUUACAGGUUCCAGUCAUUGACAUGGAGAAGCUUGCAACUAGUCAUUCAAAAUACCAAAAUGAAAUGGCAAAACUUCAUCAGGCAUGUAACGAGUGGGGUUUCUUUCAGUUAGUCAACCAUGGGGCCUCAAUGGUAAUCGAGAAAAUGAAGGUGGUGACAGAGGAUUUCUUCAAGCUGCCAUUACAGCAGAAAAUGGCUUGUGCACAAGAACCAAAUCGUAUUGAAGGCUAUGGUCAAGCAUUUGUUGUAUCAGAGGAUCAAAAGCUUGACUGGGGGGACAUGCUCUUCCUCAAUUCAUUGCCAGUUUCUCAAAGAAACAUGAGAUUCUGGCCUAAUUCGCCAACAUCUUUUAGAUCAACCUUGGAUGAAUACUCACUUCAAAUUCACAAGGUUUGCAUGAGCCUCUUCAAACUUAUCGAGUUGAAUCUUGGGUUGGAGCCAGGCAAACUAUGCAGCAUUUAUCAAGAUGGCACACAAGGAAUAAGAAUGAAUUACUAUCCACCCUGCAGGCAAUCAGACAAAGUUAUUGGCCUCUCUCCACACUCUGAUGGAACAGGACUGACCUUAUUAGUUCAAGUCAAUGACGUUCAAGGCCUGCAAAUCAAGAAAAGCAAUACAUGGCUGCCCAUUAAACCCAUUCCGGGAGCAAUCAUAGUCAACAUUGGUGAUCUGUUGGAGAUAAUGAGUAAUGGGGAAUAUAGAAGCAUAGAGCAUAGAGCUGUUGUGGAUUUCCAGAUAGAAAGGCUGUCAAUUGCUGCAUUUCACAUUGCACAUUUGACAGCAAAAAUUGGUCCUCUACCGGAGCUUGUCAAAGAAAAUGGUGCACAAUACAAGGCAUUAGGAUUCGAGGAGUAUGUCAGACUGAUGCUAAGCUCCAAACUUGAUGGCAAAAGCCAACUGGAUCACAUGAGAACAAACAACUGAAAGAAUUAGGUCAAGGUUCUGUUUCACUUGCAAUAUUAUUUUGCCUUUUUAUCUUCAUCACAAUAAAAAAUGUAUCAUCAGGGGCUAUAAGCUGUAAACUGGGUAAAUGGUUGAUAAAUGGAUCUUCUUAAAUCGAUAGUGGGUAAGUUUAAUUCAAUCCAGUUACAAGCACUUAAUAAAUGGAUACAAAUGGUUUGGAUUUAAAUGGAUAGAAUAAAACCAUAAUCCAUCCAUUUGACCAUUUACUAGUCUUAGGGCUAGUGAGAUUCCAUGCAUUCUAUUGUGGUCUUUUUAAUUCCCGUGUAUAUUGCCUUUGAAUUUUAGUGUACGUUAUUUCUUAGUUCCAGUCCAUACAA